AUGGGUGGGGCAUCACUGCCACUAGGUUUUCGUUUCCAUCCAACUGAUGAAGAACUAGUAGGAUACUACCUCAAAAGAAAAGUGGAUGGGCUUGAAAUUGAGCUUGAAGUCAUACCCGUGAUUGAUUUUUACAAAUUCGAUCCAUGGGAGUUGCCGGAGAAAUCGUUCCUGCCAAACCGAGAUUUGGAAUGGUUUUUCUUUUGUCCACGGGAUCGCAAGUACCCAAAUGGAUCAAGAACAAAUAGAGCUACCAAAGCUGGCUAUUGGAAAGCCACAGGAAAAGACAGGAAGGUGGUGUGCAAGUCUAAUCCAUCCAAUGUCAUAGGGUACCGCAAGACACUUGUUUUUUAUCGUGGGAGGGCUCCUUUAGGGGAUAGAACUGAAUGGAUCAUGCAUGAGUAUCGCCUUUGUGAUGAUCUUGGCCAAGGCUCACCAUGUUUUCAGGGUGGUUUUACUUUGUGCCGAGUUAUUAAAAAGAAUGAGAAGACAAGUGAUUCAAAAGAAGGUCACAAGGGCAAAAGGGUUGGAAGCAGUUCCAUCAAUGGGAGUGACACCUUAAUGAGAUUCUCUAAUGAGCCCUUCAGCAUCUCUGGUGAUGUUUCCUCUCAAGCAAGUCACUUGAAUAAUGAGAGCCACAAUGUGGCUCCAAUGGCAGAGUUUAACCAAGUUUCCAUGGAAACUAAUUCUUCAAACUUUUGGAUCUCCUCUGAGAUGAUUCUUGAUUCUUCAAGGGGAUACCUUCAAGAACAAGAUAGCGUAUCAGAACAUUUUCCAUUGUAUGACUUACCGAGCACAAUGACACCAUGGCAAUCAUUGGAACAUACAGAAGUUUCACCUAGUUUAUCCUACUCAAAUUUUAAUGGGGAAAUUGAAUUUGCUGAUAAUCUCAGUCAAAUUGGCUGCAUGUCACCUUACUCAGGACAAGGGAAUUUCAUGGACUUUUGUGGAAGUGGGGAUGUUCCUUAUGAAGAUUAUGAUCAAAUGAAUUCAAUAUUAUAUCCAAAACCCUUCUAA